AUGGUCGUCUUCCCGCCGCCGCUCCUCCUGCUUCUUUAUUUGACCGGAUCUUUCGUUCGAACGUGAGUCACUUUCUUUUCCCAUCCAUCUAGGCAUCUACCGUAUCCCAUUCAGUCAGUACCUCGCUCCUUACGUGGGUGGAGCCAACCGGACAGACGUCGUGUGGAUGGUGCCCUCCUGGGUGUGCACGGGCGCCAACUACAUAGAGGUGGAGAAGUACGGUAUAAAGCAGAAUCAAGGUAAACGAAAUGAAUUGACCUCCGGGGUGGCUACAGUGCUUUCUCACAGAUCAACAGUUUACUGGUGGCAAAGUGUUUGCCAUCUUUUAUGAGCACAGCUUUGGAAAGAUUCCAUACUUUAAAGGGCAAGAUGUUACAAAGCCAAUGAAUGGAGGACUCCCCCAGGUUUUCCGCUUUUCGAUUGCAAAUGAAUAACAUUCUAUUCCAGGAGGGAAAUCUCACUGAUCAUCUGAUCGAAGCCGAAAAGAACAUCAUAGAGACCAUUCCCGAUGAGAACUUUGACGGAAUCGCCGUCAUUGACAUCGAAGAGUUCCGCCCAAUGUGGGAGUUGAGUUGGGGUGGGUUCGAGGUAAUGAGCACUCCGACAAGUACUUUCUGUUUACCCGUGGUGUCUAGGUUUACAAGAGGGAGUCGAUCCGUCUCAGCCGUCAACAGCACCCCUAUUGGUCUCCGAAACAGAUUGCUUGGGAGGCGGAGAAAGCUUAUGAGAAGGCGAGUCAGAAGUUCUUUAUUGAAACGAUCAGACUGGGAAGAAGGCUCCGUCCGAAAGCCAAAUGGGGAUAUUAUCUGUUCCCGAAAUGCAAUGGAAAUGUUGGACAAACCUAUGAGACGGAUUGCAACAAACAGUUCCAGAAGUACAAUGACAAGUGAGCCAGAGCCGUCAGAUGACAGAUACAAACAAUUCAGAGAACAGUUUGAGCUGGUUGUGGGUCGAAAGCACUGCCCUUUUCCCGUCUAUUUAUCUGUAUACUGCACAAAGGACAGUUCCUGAUUAUAACUUCGUUAAUACUGGAGUAAGGUCAGCCAGCCAGAACUCGAUAGACCCUUCGAACUUUAGGCUCUUAUUACGGAAACGAAACGGAUCAAAAGGAACUACUGCCCGAACUGUCAAAUACACAUCUUCACAAAGAUUGAGUACGACUCUUACCACAACCCAGAAGAUUUCUAUUCAAAAGUAACGCUGUCCAUAUGCUCUUCUUUUAUUUGUUUUCAUUCCAGCAAAACCUUGCCAGCACCCUGGACCUCUCCAUUAAAAUGAAUGUGAACGGAGUGGUGAUCUGGAGCACGAGUCAGAAGAUCAAGAGCCGUUGCGGAUACCUACAGGAGUACGUGACCAACACCCUGGGACCGUACCUACAGCUGACGAACAGAAGUCUUGACAAAUGCCGAGCUGAUCGGUGCGAGGGACGUGGCGAGUGCUUCCUUCCGCGGCCGAAAAAGUAUGCGUUUUCUCUUCAUCACCCACCCACCAAUCGUCGUUCUCUUUCAGAAACCCGGCGCCGUACAAUUAUGUGUGUCGCUGCGAACGCCCGUACUUUGGCAAGAGCUGCGAAUUCCGAGGACGGCGCGUCGUCGGCGUCUCGUUGCCGCGCCCCGUCACCCGCGACGCCUUCUUUUCCGCGUCGAACCGCUACAAUGCGCCGAACCAGUUUUACGCCGCCACAAACGGGUCAUUGAACUCGGUGUAG